GGGCGCGCUGCGCGGGGCGGAGCGGAAGGGAGAUCCGGAGCCCGGAUAGUCCGCGCGCUUGGAGCUAACGCGAGGCGCAGGAAUUGAUCCAGCCUAAAAGAACCACCAAUGCAGGAAUCCUUUCUUUAGUUUCCUCCAUAAAUUAUCACCUACUCUUCUUGGACACUUUCAGGAAUGGAAAAGACUUAAAAUUUUUACUUUGCCAGUUAAACACUUUAAGAUGAGAAAAACUGACCUGUGUUUGAGCUCUGAGGGGACUGAAGUGAUUUUAGCUACAUCAAGUGAUGAAAAACACCCACCUGAAAAUAUUAUUGAUGGGAAUCCAGAAACAUUUUGGACCACAACAGGAAUGUUUCCCCAAGAGUUCAUUAUUUGUUUUCACAAACAUGUAAGGAUUGAAAGGCUUGUAAUCCAAAGUUACUUUGUGAGGACCUUGAGGAUUGAAAAGAGCACAUCUAAAGAGCCAAUUGAUUUUGAGCCAUGGAUUGAAAGAGAUCUAGUCCACACAGAGGGGCAGCUUCAAAAUGAAGAAAUUAGGACCCGAGAUGGCCACGCCACUUAUUUGAGAUUCAUUAUUAUAUCAGCCUUUGAUCAUUUUGCAUCUGUGCAUAGUGUUUCUGCAGAGGGACUAGCAGUCUCAAAUCUUUCUUAGUAAUUAUAACAAAAUACUCUUGCAUGGUUUUUUAACAAUAUAUUUAUUGAAACAUGAAGUUGUCCUUGAUGUGCCUUAUUAAAGGGAUUUGUAUUAAUCUGUUUCAGUUUUUAAUUUCUCUUCAACAUUUUGUGCAAAGGAGUUUGGUUCGUUAGUCAGGAGUGAUGGCCACCAUGUAGACUAUAAGAAAGCUCUCACUUCAGUGUACAACUUAAUGAAGGAAAUGACUAUAUAUGAAAACUUAACUGUUAAAAAUUGUGUCCUCACAGCAUCUCCAAGGUGCCCUUCACAUCUCAGUGCAUUAAUUUUUUUAGCUUCAGUGCAUUAAUUUUUUAAUUUAUUGAUUGAUGAAAAGGGCUAAGUGAGCAAUAUAGACAGUAAAUGUGUGAGUUCAGAAAAGAGAAAGGACUUAUGGGAAGGUUUCAUGGAGGCCAUGGAACUUGAGCUGGGCCUUGUCCAAAAAAUUUUAUUUUUUUCUUUUAAUUUAAGUUUUGCCUUGAUUUGAAAAUCUCAGAGAAGAAUUAGGAAAAAAAACAUAAUCUGACUUCCCACAGAGAAUCAUUAUUAAUAUUAAUUGAUUUUUUUUGUAUAUGUUGGGGAGGUAGGGAACAGGAUAGGACAGAUUGAAGGAAAAUAAAACUUUUCUGAAUAUACUUUAUAUAGCUUGACUUUUGAAAACAUAAGUAACUAAUAUAGCCAAAAAUUAAAACAAAAAAAGUCCAGAAUAUUGAAAACAAACAGAAAUGCACGAACCUAACUUUAUCACAAGUUGAUAAAAUAAACACACAGGAAACAGUGGCAUUAGAACAUAGUAUUUUGUCUGUAUGGUUCAUAUUAGUUUCUUGGGGCUGUCAUAAUAAUGUACUAUAAACUUGGUGCCUUAAAACAAUAGAAAUUUAUUGUCUCACAGUUUUAGAGGCUAGAAGUCAGAAAUUGAGGUAUUGACAGGGUUUGUUCCUACUGGAGGUUCUGAGGUAGAAUCUGUUCCAUGGCUUUCUCUUAGAUUCUGGAGUUGCUGGCCGUCCUUGGCAUUCCUUGGCUUGUGGCACCAUAGCUCAUGUCUGCCUCUGCCUUCAUAUGGCAUUCUCUCUGUGUGUCUUCACAUCAUCUUCCCUCUGUGCAUAUCUGUUUCUGUGUAUCUCUUCCUCUUCUUAUGAGGAUAUCAGUCAUAUUGAAUUAGGGCCUACCCUACUCCAGUAUGGCUUCAUCAUACUGUAACAAUCAUAUUUUCAAGUAAGGUCUCAUUCACAGGUACCAAAGAUUAAGACUUCAACAUGUCUUUUUGGAGACAUAGUUCAACCCAUAACAUAAUCUUAGUGAAGUAUGUUUGUGAUAGUUAAUUUUAUCUGUUACAUAGACUGGGCCACAAUGCCCAGAUGUUUGUUCAAACAUUCUGAAUGUUUAUGUGUGGGGUAUUUUUGGGAGGAGAUUAGCAUUUAAAUUGGUAGACUUUGAGUAAAGCCGAUGGCCCUCCAUCCCAUCAGUUGAAGACCUUAAUAGAACAAAGAUUGGCCUUUCCUGGACAAGAAGGAAUUCUGCCAGUAGACAGUGCUCAGACUUAUACAACAAUCUCUCCAGCCUGUCAGCCAACCCUACAGAUUUUGGACUUGCCAGACUUCGUAAUCAUAUGAGCCAAUUUCUUAAAAUCAAUCUCUCUCAGUCUCUGCCUCUCUCUCAUUGUUUUCAUAUUUCCAUAUAUAUGAUGGGAGGCCAGGGAGACAGUGGCCGUUGCUGCUAUAACCUACUACAAUUAAACACUCUAUGCUCCUGAUGUGAUGCAAUAGGAAGCACACAGGCCAACCUCUGAAGUCCUUUUGCCAAAGUUACUGAGCCUGAAUUGAAUCAAGUUCUAGAGUUAACUUCCAUUUUUCGGGAAAUACAGGGAUGGAAAAACAAGUAAAAUGACACCACAGGGCAGCAAAUAGACUAGUAGCCAUUUUGUAGCUCACCGAAAUGCCCAGAACUGUGCCCUUCCUGCACAUGGUGAGAUAGACUUUCUGGCCUUCUUUGUUUGGGUAGGGCCAUGUGACCAACUGUGGGCAAUGGGAUGAGGGGAAAGUGGUAGCUAGGCCUGCAUGAGGUCCUUCAAAGCUCUUUUCUUUCUCUGUCACGAUGACCAGCAAUGAUGUUCUGCACAGUAACUACUUCACCAGUCUAGGUCUGGAAGUGAGCCUGACGAUAGCAGGGAGCAGAACUCUAAAUGUGAGAUGGACAUACAGAAAAAAAAACGAAGCUUCAUUGUUUUAAGCCAAUGAAAUUUGGACUAUGACAUGGCUUAUCCCAACUGAUUCACAGACAAAUCUAGAAUAUAGCUUAUCCUACAGAACAAGUGACCUGGUUUCUUCAACAAGUCAGUGGCAUGAAAAAUGGUAAUUAAUCAAGGAAGGUGUCCACUCUAGAUUCAGAAAGACAUCAAGAGCCCCAAUAGCCACAUGCCAUGUGGGGAUGUUAUUUGGAUGCUGAUUUGACAAAACAACUGAAAAUCAGACAUUUUAAAGAUUUGGGGAAAUAUGCUUAUGGAUUGAUUACUGUUCAUUUUGCUAGCUGUGUUACUGACAUUAAGCUUAGGUAAGAAAAUGCUUGUAUUUUUCAGAGAUGCAUAUCAAAGUAUAUAGGGGUAAAAUGCCCUGAUAUCUGGGAUUUGCUUUAAAACAUUUAAGCGGGUUUUUUAAGGGAAAAGGUGUUAGUUGAAACAAAUAUGGCAAUAAAUGAUUAGAUCUGGGUGGUGGAUAUAUGGAACUUUACUGCACCCACCUCUCUGUGUAUGCUUGACAGUCUUUAUAAUAGAAAAAUAAAAAUCAGUACUGCUACUGAGGGUAUCUUUGUGCAAAAAUCUUUGCCUGCCCCUCAAAUGAUUUCCUUAGAGGAGAUUCCCGGAAGGGAAUUGGUCAAAGUUAGGAACAGUUUUAAGAUUCUUAAUACUUCCUGAUAAACCACUUACCAAGAUUUGUUGCACAAAUUUACUCUUAGAAAGAUAGGUUUUAGAUACAUGGAGGAGAGUAAGGUAUUUCAAGAGCAAUGUUGGUGUGAUCGAAGAUGUGAAGAGGAGUACUCUGUCAUCAAACACAUUUGCAGAGUGAUGAAUAUUUAAGUCUGACUAGGGCAAAGAAUAAGACUAAAACCAUACAUUACAGUCAGAUCAUAGAGAGCUUUUAAUGCUUUCAAAUAUUUUCCCUUAACACUGGAGCCAUUUAAGGCUUUUGAGAAGGAAGGUGACUUAGAGCAAUUGUGUUCAUGUUCAAUAAAAUGAAAUGCUAAGGAUUUUCUUUUGGCCAACUUCCUAAACUGAAAUGUCAAUGAUUCUUUGUGUAAGAAACAGUGUUAAGGCUCGCAGAUUGCUGGAAGGGAUCUCCAGGGGUUGUCUGAUUGAUCUCUUUGGCACAGGCCUAGUAAAUUAUCUCUAAGCCUUUUUUUCUCUGUGUCUGUCUUCUGUGGAUGCAGAGAACAAGUUAUCAGUGUAGUGCUUGUAAUACCACUUUAUGCUACUUAAAAACAGCAGUCUUUAACCUUCGCUUUCCUGGACUUUAAAAAUUCAUUUCACCUUAUAAAAACCUCUCCAAAUUUCAAGCAAUAGGUAUAAUAAUAUGUGGCUUUAUCUUUUUUCUUUUUUCUUCACUGCUGAACCCAUCAUCUUUUUAAAGUCUCAUUUGUUCCCAGUUGGCUUCCUUGAUCCCCCUUCAUCCCUCAUUUGGAUUUAUCUCCACCUACCCACUGACUCCUGACUCCCAUUGUGCUGUGUGUGCUCUGGGAUUGAGACCUUUGAGUUUGCCUCCUCUGCCUGGAGGGCUCUUUCCUUACGUAUCUGUACAGCUAGCUUCCUCAUGUACUUCAGAUCCUUACGCCAAAUCUCAGUGAGGCCUUCCCUGGCCUCAGGUAUCCAAAAUUACAGUGUCUCUUCACCCUGGCCAUUCCCCACCCACAUACAACAUUGCAACAUAAACACAUUCAGUCUUCCUUCCCCACAUUGUUUUUCUCCUUUGUUCUGGAACUAGCCACCCUGGGUCCUGUGCUUCAGGGCUUCUGGCAUCUUACUUCUCUUUUCACACUACCGCUAAAAUUCAGCUGAGAUUUUUUUCCCUUUAAUCAUAUCCCAAGCAUGCUGUGAAAGAUGAGGGCAGUGCAGUCUCCUUUCAAGUGUGAAUAUCUUGGGUAGGGGCUCAAUUGACUGAAUCACCCUCAGCUCCCACAACCUUUUAGGGAUGGCCCUGCUUAUUACUAACACAUAUUUUUUUCUUCUUUAUCAUAUAUAUUGUGUUUAUUGUCUCUUUCCCUCACUAGAAUGUAAAUUCCACAAGGGCAGGGAACAUUUGUUUCUUUUGCUUCUGACUGUAUCCUCAGGCCUGAGAACAGUGUCUGGCACAUAGUAGAUUUUCAAUUAAAAUGUGUUGACUGAAUAAAUGAACAUUGUUCAUUUACUUGCAUUGUUCUCUAUCUCUUUACACUAUAACAUCCUUGAGGAGUUUUUAAUAAAGCUAGCUAAUAAAAUAUACAUUUUUGGAUCACUUACUGUGGGCCAGUGCCUACCACAGUGCCUUGUAUCAGAUUUUUACUUUUUUGGUUUCUUUUUUUAUUUUUUUAAAGAUUUUGAGAGAGAGCACAAGUGGGAGGGGUAAGGGCAGAGGGAGUGGGAGAAGCAGGGAGCCCGACAGGACCCCGAGAUCAUGACCUGAGCUGAAGGCAGAUGCUUAACCAACUGAGCCACUCAGGCACCCCAAGUUUUUGCUUUUUUAAAAAGUAAAAAUCUAAUGACAUUUUAACCCUGUACUGAAACAGGGCAAAGAAAUAUUACACAAAUGAAAAUUCUUGUGUCUCUCACUCAUUUAUACAGACUUUUUAAAAAGCAUUGCUGUUAUGAGCCCUGUCUCAGGAAUGCCCCUCCAUGGAGGACAUCCUUUGGGGGCUUCACUUUUAGAUGAUGUCCCAACAGCCCUUUGUAGCUGAUAGCAAACCUUCUAAAAAAUAACAUGUGGCAGUAUGCAAAGUUAAACACGCACAUAGCUUUUGACACAAAUUCCAUUUCUAGGAUUAUAUUCUAAUGAAAUAAUCAGAUAAAUGACAAAUGAGCAAAGAUUGAUAGCAAUGCUUCUUACAGGACAGGAAACUGGAAACGACUAUGCAUCCAUACAUUAGAAAGCAUAUAUACAGACAUCAAAUAUCAUACUUUAUAAAGGGAUAUAAAUCAUAUAUAAAUAUAGGAUGGAUACUUCUGGUUAAAGAUGGUGGAGUACAGGGCGCCUGGGUGGCUCAGAUGGUUAAGCGUCUGCCUUCGGCUCAGAUCAUGAUCCCAGGGUCCUGGGAUCGAGCCCCACAUAGGGCUCCUGGCUCAGCGAGGAGCCUGCUUCUUCCUCUCCCUCUGCCUCUCUCCCUGCUCAUGCUUUCUCUCUCUCUCUCUCUCUCUCUCUGUAUCUCUGUGUCUCAAAUGAAUAAAUAAAAAAAAAAUUAAAAAAAAAAAAGAUGGUGGAGUAAAGGGAUUUUUGCUCCACCCCCUUUCUCAAAACUCAUUAUUCACAACAAAAGAAUUAUAAAAAGAAAGAAAAAAGAAUUCCAUCUUCAUGGAAGUAGUUACAAGCUCUAACUGGAAAGGAUUUUCACUAAGUCCUGUGACAACAGGAUCUUGGUGGAAAGGAAGCUGAGAACUGCUAUGCUGUCCCCGAACUAGAGGUUUUCUUGAACGUGUCAGACACGAAAGGCUGCUUCAACAAUCUCUUAUUAGACUGAAGCCCUCUCAGCCUGCAGGUGGCUUCAGAGGACAGGGAAUGUCCCCAGAGGGCUGAGGUUACCAACUCAGAAUGGCAGGGGAGAGACAGGCAAGAUACACCAGAGGAGACUGCUGCAGGAAGCGUGGUGAAGGAGGGUGCCUUAGAAACAGCUCAG